AUGGUGAAUACAUCAAACAAGAGCCAUAAUGUUUUUGAGUUGAUUCCGAAGUAUAGCACGGCCACAAAUGAGGAGGUAAGCCAAGAGAUCGAGAUUAUCCUCAACACCUUUGAAAAUGCCAAAGUCGUAGGCCAAAAUAAGGUUCACAAAAAACUACGAAUCCCAAUCAGCUCCGAGACCCGCCCCACGUUUCACGCCCUGCUCGACAUCACCGUUGUGGAAGGCUAUCCCUAUGUCCCGCCAAGGGUGGAGCUGAUGUUUCCCGCCGGCACCCACCCCAAGGGCCCGGACGGCCUUACCAAGGAGGAGGCCACCCAGCUAAAGGAGGAGCUGAGCAGCAGCAUUCAGCCCUGUCGGUCCGUUGGGAUGCCUUGUAUGAUGCAAAUCGUGUCAACGGUGUUACAGUUCGUGAGCACCGAGCGCUCCCCAGUAGCGGAGGUCCAGGACAGGGACCCCAACGUCCCGACGUCCUCAGCUGUGUCAAAGUCCCCCGCACUCACCCCUGUGCCGCUGAAGGCGAAGGAUGCGCUUCGCCUGAGCGUGUUGGCGUUACAUCUAUUGCGAAAGUGCUGUUACAUGCGGGAUCCCGCGUCUCGAGUGGAGUGGAAUAGCAAUUUUGACUGGUUGUCAUCGUAUCUUAUCGAGAAAACCAACGUGUUUCCUCGAGCGGUGCGCGGACUGCUGCCAUGGAGAGGGGAGGGGUUCGCAAAGGCCUUCGCCAACGAAAUACAAACUGACGAGUACGCGGUGUCUCAGUGGUCAGAGCUUAAAGAAUGGUUCUGGAAGAGUGAGGAACUCCCACUACGAAUUCAGCAAGGAUCCGAAGGAAGAUACCAAAACGAAUUUAUCCAACAGAAGCUCCUUGGGUCUGGUGGCUUUGCUCCGGUGUAUAUGUGCCGAAAAAAAAUUGAUGGACGUUCCUAUGCCGUUAAAAAAAUUGUGAUGAAGGACAAUCAAUCGGAAAAGAUCAUUCGUGAAGUUCAAACACUGGCGGCCUUGAAUCACAAAAAUAUCGUUCGCUACUAUGAUGCGUGGGUAGAAGACGGAUGUGAUGAGGAGCUGAAAAGAUUUAUCGAAGACGACGAGCUUUCGGAAAAGGGGGGAAUCGAUAAGACCGCUGCUUCCGCUUGUGUCACCCGUCUUGUUAGUGAUUAUUCCUCAUCGGACUCAAGCCAUGAUUCCCUUACGGCCUCGUCUUCGUCUAUGAGCGACGAACACAGUGACACCGAAGAUGAGGAAAGCGAUGAAAGCUCCUGCGAAGUGGAAUUCCACAAUAAUGGUAACGAUCCCAAUAUUGGUCCUGCAUCCGUUCACUCGGAUCCUUCUCGUAAUCGACUUCAAACGCUUUAUAUUCAAAUGGAGUUGUGCUCUGCGACGUCACUGCGACAUUUGAUCGACGAAAGUGAUAAAGGUUGUGGUAUUUUUGCCUCCGAAAGGGGCGAAAAAGUUGCUGCUUCGAUUUUAAGGCAGCUCUUAGUAGUGAUAGCGCACACGCACCACGAAAAUAUUGUCCAUCGGGAUCUUAAACCUGACAAUGUGUUAUUUGAAAUGGGAAAUAGCCAGGUAGAGGGUGAGAUCGGAACCAUUCGCGUCGCUGAUUUUGGUCUAGCACGUGUCAUGAGUGGGCUGAAGCAAACCGCUAGUGCUUACAAACUUGAUGAUAUUAGCGAGUUGAUAGAUGUGCAGCACGAGCAGAAUGCUAAUUUCCCGACAGGCAAUUGUGGCUCCGUACUGUACUGCGCCCCUGAGCAGGAAAAGGGCAUUUACUAUGGGUUCAAGGUGGAUGAAUUUAGUAUAGGUAUGAUUGCCCUGGAGAUGUGGCUUUCGAUUCUGGGAAAAGGGUUUCGUGAGAGAUUCAACAUCAUGGAACAGGCAUGGGUGAAAGGAACCCUCCCAGAUUGGUUCAUACAGUGCAAACCACCCAUAGCCGAAGUGAUUGCAAGCUUGCUUGAACAUGACCAACAGAAUCGCCGCACCUGUGAAGAAGUAUUAAGUACCGCCGAGCUUCCGGGUGACCCUGUCGAUAUCAUUGAAGCUUUAGAAACAAUUGAUCGCUAUGGUGAGCGAUUUGCUUGUAGGGUCAUUCAAAAAAUUCAGAAAUUAGGUAUUCAGUACCGAAAACCCCCUCCCCAGUUACGAGCGAUGGCUCAAUUUCUUGGAUCGGUAGCGUGUGCACAAGCCGCACAAGCGGUCAACGUCGUAGGAAUUCUGCAUGGUAGCAUGCACGUUGGUUUUGUAGAUCCGCUCGUCCUGAUCAAUCCAGAUUUAAACGAACUUGGGGUUGAUGUGGUGACAGAUACUGCGGGACGUUCCUAUUCAUUCACAGCAUUACCCCAAUUGCCCGUUGCCUCAUUUUUGGGGAUGCAAGAGAAUGCGACUAUCGGGUCCUUUCAUUGUUUCUACCAUAAAGUUCGUUCCUAUGCAGUUUUUGUCACUCCAAUGUUGAACUCAGAUGUGUUUAGCGAAGGGCUUAUUGAUCCUUUCCUGAGUUUAAUACACUUGAUUUCGUUCAUGGAGUUAACAGAGCCCAUCAACAUCAUUAUUUCACACGCAGAUUGGCUUAAUGCGGUGUAUCCAAGACUAGGGCUUCACCAAUGUCAAAAUGAUUUUUCUAAACUUAGAACUUCUCUUGAUUCGACCGAAAAAUUUGGGCCAGCAAUUUCAUUGAUUAGUGAAACUCUUAGCAAAGUAGGGUUAGUCUGUUCCUUUAAUCGGGAUGAACUUCUUCGCAAGUUUUCACUCACCAUGAUCAACGCAAUCCAUUUAUUUGGAAAACAUUUAUCGUCGCACAUCUCAAUUAUCCUUGACCCCACACUAUUCCCAAGUGAGACCUUGAAUCACCACCAUAGUAUUGAUCGUGGGAUUAUUCUAGAAUGUCGUACGGCCUCCGGAAUAGCGUUUGCCUUUGGCUGCAGUAUGGAUAAUUACAUAUCCAAGUGUACCGUCACCAACCCUGAUAUGAAUGGCUAUUCCAUUGUUGUGGAUAUUUACGAAAUGGCAACCAAUUGGAAACAUUUAUAUAUUCCAACCAUGGAAGGUAUUUUAGAUGGCGUGGCCAUACGGCGCCAGGACUUAUAUUCGCAAUCCCAUCAGGACAAUGUUGUGGAGGCAGCUGUGAAGUUAUGGAAGAGCAACACCCCAGCGUAUUUAAGCAUCGAUAACGAUUUACAUGCCUUGGUGAAAAAGAUGAAAGGGAAAAAGCUGCGCUGGGUCCUUUUUGACGGAAAGCGAUUAGUCCCAGCAUCAUGCAUUCAUCAAAACAAAGCUCCAAAAUAUUCUGACAUCUCGAUCGAUAAGCUCUGUGAUACGGUUAGAUCCCUUUCUUUAAAGGAUAGACAAUUGUCCUCGAAAACAAAUGCUGAUGUGAUCUUUAUUUCUAUGAAUGAAGACUUCCAGGUUGCUGAGGAGGCCAAAGAAAUACUCAACUCAAUGACAGCAAUUAAGUGGUCACCUAUUGUAAUCAUGAAUAUUAAAUUGACUGAUAUCGAGGCGUGUUUUGACGAAAAAAAGCGGUCUGUAGAACUUUCGCAGCCUCAACAGGCGCUAUUUCAGUGGUUAGGAGCGAAUAAUGCACUGCUUGGCGUAACGCCUAUUUAUUCGUUCGAAGAUGGCAAAAUCACUUUUUUCAUAAAUCACAAAAAAUUCAAAGCUGUACAAAAAAAAGAGAAAGGCAAACGUAAAAAGAAAUAG